GAAGAGUUUCCACUGUUGAGUCAGCCAUGUUGACACAAUUUCUUCUAAGAGAGGGUUAUGUGAUAACGAGGGUAAAUGCAUUUUGGCGCGAGAGGUCUAAAGAAUUUCGAAGGAACACAUCCAGUGACAGGCUUUUUGAAACUGGUACAAUGAGAAAAAGGGGUUUGUUGAUUGUCUUUGAAGGCCUAGACCGAAGUGGGAAGUCUACCCAGGCAAGGCAGCUUGUUGAAGCUUUCAAGCAGAAAGGCCAUGUGGUGAAGUUUAUGAGAUUUCCUGAGAGAAAAACAGUUAUCGGUGGGGCUAUUGGUGACUAUCUGCAGAAAAAAAAUGAGAUGGAAGAUCAUGCUGCCCAUCUUCUUUUUUCUGCCAACAGAUGGGAGUUCAUGGAUGAAAUGAAGAAAGAUUUACUGAAUGGAACGACCCUUGUAAUAGACAGAUAUGCCUUUUCGGGUGUGGCUUAUACUGCAGCAAAGGGUUUUUCUAUUGAGUGGUGCAAAGGAUCCGACAGAGGAAUUAUAGCUCCAGAUAUAGUCUUCUAUUUAGACUUACCCCUGAAGGAGGCUUCUGGAAGAGGAGGCUAUGGUGAAGAGAGAUAUGAAACAAAGUCAUUUCAAGAAAAAGUUUACGAAGUUUAUCAGAAACUAAAAGAUGACAAUUGGAAGAUAAUAAAUGCCGAUAGAAAAAUAGAUGAGAUUCAUGAUGAAAUUCUGGAGUUUGCAAUGGACUUAAGAGAAAUAAAAGCAGACACAGCCCUGAGCAGCUUGUGGACUGAAAAUGUAGAGAAAAUUUCAGCACGAAAAAGAAGCUUGGAGAUCGACUCGCAGGAUGAAAUUCCAAGCAAAAACUGCCAAAAAUAACUGCUGGCUGUCGCAAGCUAGCCAGCGGUAGAUUUGUGUAUUAAUGUUAUUCAACUGUGUAGGAUAAAUGUAAUUUUUCUAUCACCUAUAUAUUGAAAGUUUUAAUUGCAACUACGAAGAAAUAUUCAGUCAAUUUUUCACCCUUGGGAAAAUAUGUGA